CCAAAACCCUGCUUUUCAAAGUUGGUGAGAUAUCUUUCGUUGCUGACCCAUUGAGUAGUUUUACAGCAGAAAGAAGAAAGGAAGGAGAUCCUUCCUCAAGCAUGCAGCAACGAUUGCAAUUGUCACUUCCUCCUUUUGACCUCUUUUCUCACUCCUUGUUUACAUUCGCAUUCUCCAUCAUCCCACCAUGUGCACGAAUCCCGACGUCCCUUCCGUCUUCGAAUUCCUUCGUCGUAACGGAUUCCUGGAGGCCGAAUCCGCUCUCAGAGACGACAUUGUCGACAGAGGCAAUGAUCCGGUCUCUUCACUUUCUUCUUCUUCUUCGGUUCGUUUUAUCGACUUCACUCAACUGCCUACCCCUCCUCCACCCGUCAGAAUUAUGGUAGGACGCAGACCUUUCCAGCUGCGAGAGACGUCCGCAGAUGCAGACAACGAUUCUAGUUCCAGUUCUGACUCUUCGUCCGCUUUCGUAAGCAUGGGCUCUUCUUCUCCUUCUGAUUUGGUGAACCCAUUUGGACUCUGGUCUGCCACUGCUCAGAUCAAAUGCGAAGACGAAUCAUCUGAUAGACUCUCUGAAUUCGGGACCGCUCGUGAAUACAAUGACCUUGAAGUCCUCAAUGAUUCAUUUUGGUGCAACGAUAGAGAGGGAGGAUUUCACAAUCAACCGUGCUUUGGAUCCACGGAUGACUCUGGCUGUCUGAGUGAAGAUAAGUUCGUGAUGACCAUCGGUGCAGAGGAUCAAUUUGGGAAAACUGGUGCCGUUUUGAAUCUUGUUUCUGGAGGAUUUCAUUCAGUGACAAGCAUUAAUUAUUCUAGUGAGGUGGCGUUUACAAGUGUUGAUGAUACCUCAGGAGAUGAUGGGAAAGGCCACCUACAUUCCAGAAUACUUGAUACGGUCAUGACUCCUCCCUGUGCUUGCUGCUCUGGGUUCAAGGGAUAUUAUAGGUUGGGAUCAGAGGAUGCGGACUAUGGGCGGAGUGAUAGGGAGGAGGUUAAGGAGUCUCACAUCCCUCUUUAUGGGUGCUGUUAUGAGCUGAUGUCUGACGACCCAAAGAUCUUUCAAACAACCGAGCUGGAUGAAUUGCCCUCAAAGCUUGUGGAUGAAUGCCCUUCAGCAGUUUUUUGGGAACAGAAUGUAACAUGUCAUUCGCUCCAUGGUACAAAUUCAUCUAGAAAUAAGCAAGAUUUUGUGUCUCAGUUUCCUGAGAAGGAAUUGCAGAUGCUUGAUUUGAUGAUGACUACAAGGACUAAUUCCACAAAUGGUGGUUCUCUGUCAAACCAUAAAAGUAGCAGGAGUUCCAACUACUCUAAUAAAAGAAGUUCAAAAGUUAAGAUUGACGAUGACAAGGAGUUCCAACAAUACUCUGAUUCACAUCUUCAUAAUGCCGAAAAAGCUUCCUUACCUGGUGGAAAUGAUGAAUGUGAAAGAGGAGAUGGUGGAGCAAUGAUUAUAGAAUCCGAAGAUAAUGGAACUGUUAGGGAUACAGAGGAGAAUUGUAUCGCCAGUGAGCUUCUGAUGUAUGACAACCAAGAAGAAGAAUAUGAAAUAUUUGAUCUGAGAAUUAUACAUCGGAAAAACAGGACCGGAUUUGAAGAGAACAAAGAUCUUCCUAUUGUUUUGAACACAAUCAUAGCGGGCAGAUAUUAUGUCACCGAAUACCUUGGUUCUGCUGCUUUCAGCAAGGUUAUUCAGGCACACGAUCUUCAGACUGGCAUGGACGUUUGUCUGAAAAUAAUAAAAAAUGAUAAGGAUUUUUUCGAUCAGAGUCUAGAUGAGAUCAAGCUCCUAAAGUUUGUGAACAAACAUGACCCCGUGGAUGAACGCCACAUUUUACGCCUUUAUGACUACUUCUAUCAUCAGGAACAUCUUUUCAUUGUCUGCGAGCUUCUGCGGGCAAAUUUAUAUGAAUUCCAGAAAUUUAAUCACGAAUCUGGGGGAGAGAUUUAUUUCACUUUGCCCAGGUUGCAGAGCAUAACUCGGCAAUGUUUGGAGGCAUUGGAGUACCUGCACUAUUUAGGAAUUAUUCAUUGUGAUCUAAAGCCUGAAAAUAUUCUCAUCAAAAGUUACAGCAGAUGCGAGAUAAAGGUUAUUGACCUUGGAAGUAGUUGCUUUCAGACAGACAGCUUGUGCUCAUACGUACAAUCUCGUUCUUAUAGGGCCCCUGAAGUUAUCUUGGGUCUCGCGUAUGAUAAAAAGAUUGACAUUUGGUCACUUGGGUGCAUCUUGGCUGAGCUUUGCUCUGGUGAUGUUCUGUUUCCAAAUGAUUCAUUAGUGAUGUUGCUUGCACGCAUGAUUGGGAUGCUUGGUCCUUUUGACAUGGAGAUGCUAGUGGGGGGACAGGAGACGCACAAGUAUUUCACAAGUGACUACGAUCUUUAUCAUAGAAAUGAGGAAACUGACCAGCUGGAGUAUAUAAUCCCAGAGAAAUCCUCACUGGUACAUCGGCUUGAAGUUUCCGACAUGGAAUUUAUUGAAUUUGUUAGAGAAUUGCUUCAAACAAACCCGGAUAAGCGGCCCACAGCUACAGAGGCACUAGAACAUCCAUGGUUAUCCCACCCAUAUUAAUCACUACCCUGUUCCUGUUCAAUAACUUUUUAAAAAAUCUCAGAGUCAGUGCUACUGCUAAGCAGAUUUGGUGUGGUGUUGCUGGUUUGUCUUUUUUUCUUUUUUCUUUUACCUUAUCAUAUAUCAUGUAUAGUCUUGUAUAGUUAUGAAAUUGAGUGAUCUGCAAUUUGAUUGGUUCACAUAGGCAGUGGGACCCACGCAUCCGAGCAUGGAACCUUGUUUUUAUUUUUCUACUUAGGUUGACUGCCUAAGCAAUAAAUCAAACUGCACGGGUGCACACUUCCUCACAAGUGUGUCUGAGAUUAGCAGGGCAUUCUAUUGUAGCUACAUGUUUUUAUAUUUUAUUUUUUUGAGGGGGACAUUUAUUAUUGAUUUAUAUGUUUGAUUGCAAAUCUGCUGACCCGCUUAUGAGUUUCAUUGCUAUAUGAGAAAUAUUUGCAUUAUCA